GCAAGAGGCUUGUUUUGAUUUGUAAAAAUUGACUUACCUGACGAUAAAAUAGAUAAAAAGUGACUGAAAAUAUGUGUAAAAUUUAAAUUUAAUCCCGCAGCAACGAGAGAACGACAGGAAAUUCCCGUAAAAAGUACAAUUUUAAUUGAAAACUGCCAAAAAUCAGAAUGUCCGCGGAACCAGAAGCAUACGUCAACAACAAAAACUCCUCCAGCAAGAGCGGCGCUAAUUCCUCGAGCAAUUAUGGCACGCAACUCUCCAUGGAAUCGAUCAAAGUCAUUGCCGAAAGCAUUGGCAUCGCUGCCCUGCCCGAUGACGCUGCCAAAGAACUUGCGGAUGACGUGAGUUUCAAACUCAAACAAAUCGUCCAAGAUGCCGCAAAAUUCAUGCAUCAUUCGAAACGGACCAAAUUAGCUCUUAGCGACAUCGAUUCUUCGCUAAAAAUACGAAAUAUUGAGCCGCAAUAUGGUUUCGUGACACCGGAUUCGAUUCCCUUUCGGUUCGCGAGUGGCGGCGGGCGCGAAUUAAACUUCAUGGAAGAGAAGGAAAUCGAUUUGAGUGAAGUAAUUUCGGGAGGUACGCCUAAAAUCCCGAUUGAUGUGUCGCUAAGGGCGCAUUGGUUGUGCAUUGAUGGCGUACAACCGACAGUACCUGAGAAUCCGCCGCCCUUGUCGAAGGAAGUGCAAGCACAGGAUUCGGUUAAUCCCGUGAAAAAGUUGGAAAAAGAUGGGUUGAAGGACACGACAGGCAAACCGACGAUCGGCAAGGCGCACAAACUUAAGACUGUGGAAACGGUUCACGUGAAGCAACUGGCGACGCAUGAACUUUCGGUCGAGCAGCAAUUGUACUACAAGGAAAUAACGGAGGCAUGUGUGGGUUCUGACGAAGCUAGACGAGCAGAAGCGCUGCAAUCGUUGUCAUGUGAUCCAGGUUUGCACGAAAUGUUGCCUCGGAUGUGCACAUUUAUCGCGGAAGGUGUCAAAGUUAACGUCGUGCAAAAUAAUUUGGCACUUUUGAUUUAUUUGAUGCGAAUGGUGAGAGCGUUGUUGGACAAUCCUGCCUUGUAUCUCGAGAAAUAUCUCCACGAACUAAUUCCAUCUGUGUCGACGUGCAUCGUAUCGAAGCAACUUUGUGUGCGUCCCGAGCUGGAUAACCAUUGGGCAUUACGUGACUUUGCUGCCCGUCUCAUGGCUCAAAUUUGCAAAAAUUUCAAUACAUCAACGAACAACUUGCAAACUCGUGUUACUCGACUCUUUUCUUCUGCCUUGAUGAACGACAAAACGCCGCUUUCGUCGCUUUACGGCUCACUCGCGGGACUUUCGGAGCUCGGAAGUGAAGUUAUCAAAGUUUUCAUUAUCCCGCGUAUUAAAUUCGUGUCGGAGCGAAUAGAACCGCACUUGCAUGGCAUUAUGGUGAGCAACACAGACAAAAUUGCAGCAGGUCAUAUUCGUACAAUCAUCCAAAAAUCGUGUGCGCCCGUCAUUAAAACGAUUCGAAACCCUCCUGAUGUCGUCGAUGAUUACAAACGUGAUUAUGGAUCAAUGGGUACGACAUUGCAUCAAGCAGUCAUCAAAGCACGUCAACAAAUAACAGCGCCAGCAACUACGACGCAAAGUUCGACGCCGGGCGUAGCGAUUGUGAGUCAAGUAGCAAUUCCGCAGGCAAUUCAAAGACCACAAACAACACAAAUUAUCAGUAAACCAAUUUCAACACCUGGAAGUGCAAUUCAACGACCUGCGAUCGCAACAACGACACAAAAGUACGUGAUUGUAACGCAAAGACCUACCACGCCAGCUGUUCAAAGACCCACACAAACCGUCACCGUUCAACCGAAGUUCAUUGGAUCAUCUUCGCAUCACGACGAUUUGUCCCAUCUAGAAUAAUUUUAGAGUUUAAGACUUUUUUUCACAAGUGUUUCAUUUUUUUUUAUCAUA